AGUGAAACCCACUCGCUUAUAACGAAAAUAUUUAUAAACUGAUAAUGUACUCUCUCUCUCUGUCUUCCAACCAAACUUACUCUUCAAAACUCACCUCCCCACACUUUUCUCACCCAACUCACCAUUUCCCUAAUCCAUUUAAUUUCAUCAUAAAAUAAAAAUAAAAUAAAAAACACACAAAUUCAACUCAAAUUAAACUCUCCUCUUUCCUCUUUCAUUUCCUUCCCACAAUCAACUCUCUCUCCUCCAACAAUGGAAAACCAAACUCACACACUCCUCCCUUCCCCCUCCUCAUCCUCCACAAGCAGCAACACCGCAAUCGCAGCGAAAACUCCAAAACAACAAUUCCCCCUCACUCGAUCCGAAACCAACCCUUACCCAACCACCUUCGUCCAAGCCGACACUUCUUCCUUCAAACAAGUCGUCCAAAUGCUAACCGGAUCCUCCGAACCAACCCCAUCAAAACACAACAACAACAACAUCCCACCCAUCAAAACCCCCACCAAAUCCAAACCAUCCAAACUCUACGAACGUCGUAGCACCACUCUCAAGUCUCUCCGUCUCUGUAACCCAAUCUUCUCUCCAAAUCGAAAUAAUAAUGCCGAGAUUCUCUCUCCUUCUUUACUCGAUUUCCCGUCUCUCGUUUUAUCCCCUGUAACUCCCCUUAUCCAUGACCCCUUCAAUCGAUCGCCAAUUUCUUCGUCCGCCUCGCCAUCUCCGAACGUAGUUGUCGAUAAAGUUGCUGAAGACAAAGCCAUUGCUGAAAAAGGGUUUUUCCUUCAUCCUUCGCCCGUUUCCACUCCUCGUGAUUCGGAGCCCCGUUUAUUGCCUCUUUUCCCUGUUUCUUCUCCGAGGGUCUCCUCAGGUUCUCAUUCCACUUCUUAGUUUUGUUUUUUUAUUUUUUAUUUUUUAAAAUACUAUGUAGUAUAUAUAAAAAUAUAUAAAUAGUGUUUUUAAUUAUUACUUUCUAGUACUUGAUUAUAAAUAUUUCUAUCUCUAUCAUGUAAUGGGCCUAAUCUACCAAUUGUAACAAAGUGAGAGAUGAAAAAAAAAAAAGUUCGCCUAUUUUGAGGGUAAUUUAUUUCAAUUGUAUCA